AUGCCGCGGAUAUGGAGUCCGUCUGCAGUGGCCAUCGGGAGUUGCAAGUGUCUCAAAACAAAAGGUAAUGAGGAGGCGCCUAAGCAGAGCAUCAUCGACUCCCGACUUGCUGGAGCUGGCCCUGCCAGGGGCCAUAUCAGCUCUAGCGCUACCGGCAGAGGAGAGCUUCUUCAUGCAGCAUUACCUCCGAUAGCCCUCGCCAUCGACUAUAACGGAAAUGGAUAUCGCUCCCUGCUACCUAUGGCUGUACAAGAGCCCGCGGUAUUAAAUGCGGCACUAGCAGUAGCCGCUUCCCACCACAGCCGCUGGCAGCGCAAGCCCGACACUGUGUCUCGCAAGUAUCUCCGUGCCGCUUCCAAAGCCCUUCGAGAGAGGUUUAUGUCUCCGAACAGUAUCCAUGAUCCUGUUACUUUAGCUUCCAUGCUGCUGUUAGUUUCUUUUGAGGUAUUCUCGGGCUCGAGCCGAUGGAAGGGACAUUACGAUGCAAUCAGGGGCUGGAUCCGAUCUCGAGGCGACUGUUCUGACCUCGAACCAUUUCUGAAAACGUGGGUUUGCCUGAUCGACACCCAGACUGCGCUCAAUCUUGGCCAACCAGCGAUGCCAGAGCUAGAGUCGUGGCUUGAUAUAACGGCAGAACAGGCGAAUCAAGGAGAAUUCGUUGAUGCUCUUUUUGGCUGCUCAUCCAGGCUACCCAAGCUUAUGUGGGCUGCUUCUCGAUUAUACGCAGCCUCCAAGGACAACCAAACAACCAUGACCGAAUUACGGAGCCAAGUAGACGCCCUACAAGCCCAGAUCCGGUCGACAGCUAUAAUUCUCGAAUCAAGCCCUCUAGUAAACAUCUCAUGCCGGAGUACUGCGCAGCCGUUCGCGACCGUGGGGAUGGGUCAGGAGGAGCUGCGCCGGAGGAUGGUGGCGACAGCGGAAAUAUUCCGUCAUUCGUCGCACAUAUAUGUACACCGCAUUCUACACGGGCCCGAGGAGCCUCUCACAGAGGAGAUGCAGGCAUCACUUGACACCGCGCAAGAACUACUGACUAUGGUCCCCGACGCUCUCGGCCCCGGCGCGAACCUCGGUUGGUGCCUGGUUGUGAUUGGGGCUGAAAUGGACGGCGUUCACCAGAGAGACUAUGUUCAGUCUAGACUGGAUGGCCUCCAUCUUCUGGGAAUCCAUAAUACAAAAAAUGGUCAAAAAAUCCUCGAUGAGGUCUGGACUCGUCGAGAUCUUGUUACUCGUGGACAGGCAACACCAGAAAGGUGGCAGGAUACGAUGCAACGGAUUGGACAGUCACAGAUAUUAGUCUAG